UUUCGAGUUGUGUGUGAUUUGUGAAAUGGAAAAUGCCGCGAUGGCCAUUUGAUUUGUUAUCUUUUGUUUUCGUAGAAAAGAUAUAAAAUUCCAUUUUACAAAAUUUUUAAUUAACUAAUUUUAAGUUAUUUACAUAAAAUUUAUACUUUAAAGCAUAAAAGUGAUACAAAAAUUGUUUUGCGAGAAGAAAAAGAAAACUGAAUGCACAACACUAACUAAAUUCGUUUCGCCUAUUUCCUGUAUUUUUCUUUAUUUCUUGUUUUCUCGUCCAUACAUGUUUUUAUUGACGAACGAGAACGGGAACGCGAACGCCUAAACGACAGACAACAAAGUAAAAGCAAAAUCUAAGAGGCAUCCAAGAAAAACAAAAUGAAUUGGCCACAAUUAUUUAUUGUUCUGCAGCUAUUUCUGGUCAAUUGUUUGAUAGAAUCUGCCUCCGAUCAGAGCCUUCCAAGGUAUCUGCCAGUGUCAGAAGAUGACGCUCUCAGCACAAAAGAACGUUUCGAGCAAAUUAUGCAAAGUGGUAAUCCAUCGGGGAUGGAAUGGAAGCCAAAGCUUAAGGUGGAUCAGAUCGACAUUAAAGCUGAAAUUGCCAAAUUGAAUUCAACUUAUGUCUAUCAGUCGGAGUGGCCUGAUUCAAGCAUUAAACUAGGAGCUGUGACUGCAGUUUCCUUCGACAAAGAUGGACAUGUGGUGAUAUUUCAUCGCGUUGACCGAAUUUGGUCCCAAAACACAUUCAACCUAAACACAAAUGUGUUUCAGGAGCAAUAUCGUGGACCAAUCGACCAGAACACCAUUCUCGCUCUCGAUAGAAAAUCCGGAAAACUCGUCUAUGGUUGGGGUAAGAACAUAUUCUAUAUGCCACACGGUCUGACCAUUGACCACGAGGACAAUGUCUGGGUGACGGACGUGGCCUUGCAUCAGGUAAUGAAGUUCGGUCCGAGAGGUUUGUCGGGCAAGCCGCUGCUCACUUUGGGAACGGCCUUCACACCUGGAAAAAACGAUACGAAUUUCUGCAAGCCAACAUCCGUGGCUGUUCUCCCGAAUGGUGACUUCUUCGUCGCCGAUGGCUACUGCAAUGCUCGCAUCAUCAAGUACUCUGCGAAUGGAGAGAAGAUCCUUGUCUGGGGACAGCAUUCAUUCUCUGGUAUCUACUUCAAAAACAGAUUCAUUCAAAAAGAGAAAUUAUUUCAUUCUUUAUUUUUAGGGGAACAAGUUUACAACAAAUUGCCUCCGAGGAACUUCUUUGCCAUUCCACAUGCAUUGACUUUGGUCCCCGAGCAGGAGCUUGUGUGUACGGCCGACCGAGAAAACGGACGAAUUCAGUGCUUCUCUUCGUUCAACGGAACCUUCCAUUCUCAGUUCCAUAGUCAAAUAGUCGGAGAUAGACUUUUCAGCAUGGAUUACACUCCGGCCGAUGGUGGGCAGUUUGUGGUGGUAAACGGUCCGGUUGGGGGAAUAGGUCUUCCAGAGCAAUACAACGAAGUUCGUGGUUAUAUCAUGAACUUCAAGACCAAACAGGUUAUCGGCAAAUUCGGCCCGAAUGACCUUCAAUUCUCGAAUCCCCAUGACGUGGCAGUCACCACCGACGGAACAGAAAUCUAUGUAGCCGAGUUGGACCCAACUCGAGUGCAUAAAUUCCUGCACAAGAAGGUGGCUCCAUCCUUGCCAAUGUCAGCUGCGAAGCCAACAGCAACAAGCAUCCAAAGGAGUACCGCUGACGAGCCGCAAUUAACCGUGAUAGCUACAAAAGUUUCACCCGGAUCGACGGCAUUGCUAGUGGUUGCUCUGAUGCUCUUCUUCGCUUUCCUUACCUUCGGCAUGGCUCUGUUGAUUUCUCGUAGACGCAAACGAGGAUGUCUUCCAUUCGGUGUUAAAAAUCGUCGUCAUGCCUGGGACUUUCCCUCAAAACCGGAAGGUUUCAAAUUAGGCGGACUGUUAGAUCAUCGAAAGCGUGGAUUUGAAAAACUCGACCAGAAUGCAAGCGACGAAGAACCAGAUGUCACGACCAACAUGCUAAACAAUCCACAAUUUGCUUAGAAAAAUGUCUUUCUUUACGUAACACAUCGUGAUCGUGUGCCUCGCCAAUUCUCGUCUUAAAAGAAUUCCAUUCCACAAACAAAAACCACAACUUCCAAGAAAGAAAAACAAAAAGAAGAAAAAUCAAAAAUCCAUUUGUAAAUACAAUAUUAAUUUAUUAAACAUUCCUGAAUCUGGGAAAUCUAUAGAACAAGCGAGAAAGUAAAAAGAAUCCAAAAAGA